CGUUGCUUUGGAUUCGCGUGUGCGUGUGCGCGCGCGAGUGGGUUCUUGAUCGGGAUCUGGGUCCUUCUUGUUUCCUUCGCCGGGAGUCGGAGUGAGUGGAAAGAACGGCGAUGGGGUUGUCGAGCGCCGCUGCUGCUAAUAGUACCCAGAUGAAGGUGGUGACCGGGGUUGCUGGGUAUGUGCUCGAGGACGUGCCGCACUUGACGGAUUACAUUGAGAACCUCCCUACAUACCCGAAUCCGUUGCGGUCUCAUCCUGGAUAUGCGGUGGUUAAGCAAUAUUUUGUCAACGUGGAUGACACAGUUCCUCAAAAGGUUGUUGUUCACAAGGAUGGCCCAAGAGGAACUCAUUUUCGACGUGGAGGAGCUCGCCAACAGGUGUAUUUUGAGUCAGAUGAAGUGCACGCGUGUAUUGUAACAUGUGGUGGUCUUUGCCCAGGGCUGAACACUGUGAUCAGGGAAAUUGUGUGUGGCCUUUAUCACAUGUAUGGUGUCACCAAAAUCCUCGGAAUAGAUGGCGGAUAUAGGGGAUUCUACUCCAAAAAUACCAUAACUUUGAACCCUAAAGUCGUCAAUGACAUACAUAAGCGUGGUGGUACCAUUCUUGGGACAUCACGAGGAGGCCAUGAUACUUUGAAGAUUGUUGACAGCAUUCAAGAUCGCGGGAUUAACCAGGUUUACAUAAUUGGAGGGGAUGGAACGCAGAAGGGGGCGGCUGUUAUUUAUGAGGAAAUUAGACGGCGUGGGCUUAAAGUCGCUGUUGCUGGCAUCCCGAAAACUAUAGACAAUGACAUCCCUGUCAUUGACAAGUCUUUUGGAUUUGAUACUGCUGUUGAGGAGGCUCAACGUGCAAUUAAUGCAGCUCAUGUAGAAGCUGAAAGUGUUGAAAAUGGAAUAGGUGUAGUCAAGUUGAUGGGACGCUACAGUGGAUUUAUAGCUAUGCAUGCUACCCUUGCCAGUCGAGAUGUGGAUUGCUGUUUGAUUCCGGAAUCACCUUUCUAUCUUGAAGGGAAUGGUGGACUCUAUGAGUUCAUUGAAAAACGACUUAAAGAAAAUGGACACAUGGUGAUUGUGAUAGCUGAAGGAGCAGGGCAAGACCUAGUCACGGAGAGCCUGCAAAUGAAUCAACAAGAUGCUUCAGGGAAUAAGCUUCUUCAAGAUGUUGGUCUGUGGAUAUCUCACAAAAUCAAGGACCAUUUUGCCAGACAGCAAAAGAUGGCCAUUACCCUUAAAUAUAUAGAUCCUACAUACAUGAUCCGGGCUAUUCCAAGUAAUGCAUCGGACAAUGUUUACUGCACACUUCUGGCGCAAAGUGCAGUCCAUGGAGCAAUGGCCGGUUUCACAGGCUUCACAGUUGGACUUGUCAAUACACGACAUACUUACAUUCCUUUAAACCGAGUGACUGAAAGGCAGAACAAAGUUGUCAUAACGGACAGAAUGUGGGCCAGACUUCUUUCUUCAACGAACCAACCAAGCUUCUUAAGUACCAAAAAUGUAGCUUACGCCACGGAAGAGGAAGAACCGCCUACCCAGUCGUCAGAGGGAGGGAACUGUAACGACGGGAAGACCGCGUAAGUGAAGACGUUCGCCCUACUUCAUAACCGGAGAAGCAGGGAUUCUUCUACUAAAAUUACGUGUGAACACACCCAUUGAUAUGGUUAUAUCGCUUUGUUUUAUAUGAUGUAGUCAAUAGAUGCUUUUUGUGCAAUGCCGGAAACAGCUUUGGAUUAUCAACUUACCUUUAAGUA